AUGCUCCAUCAUGAUAUGGAUAUCUCAAGGCUCAUGAUAUACGCUCAACAAAUUGAGGAGACAAAACUCAAGAAAAUGAAUAGAGAUGUGAAGAGACCAAGGCCCGACGAUGGAAAUUCUUCUAAGAGUAAGUCUGAAGGUCAAAGUGGACCAAGGUUCAAGAAGAGGUUCUCCAAUCAAAGUUCUUCCAAUGCUCCCAAGACCAACAAAGAUAGGGUACCUCACCCUAAGCCUCAAGGAGGCAAUAGGGGUGGAUCUUCCAUGGAAAGGCCUACAUGUGCAAAGUGUGGUAAGAAGCAUGAGGGAAAAUGUCUUGCCGGUAUGGGUUUGUGCUAUAGUUGUGGAAAGGGUAGACACCAAUUGAAAGAUUUUCCAACCCGUACUACCAAUGGAAGAGAGGGUAAUCAAGCUACACCAAGUGGUUCUAAUGUCGAUUCUCCCAAGAAGAAUAGCUUUUAUGCCCUCAAAUCUAGAAAUGAUCAAGAGGGGUCCCCGGACAUUGUUACCGAUAUGUUGCAAGCCGAAUUAAAAGAAUUGAAGGCACAACUCAAGGAUUUGCUAGACAAGGGUUUCAUUCAACCAAGCAUAUCUCCAUGA